AUGGCUCCUAUCACUUUAGACUCCAAGCCUGAUCCUUUCGCCAAUGGAAUUUCUCAUCCACCCCAACCCGACUUGAUUCGGUCGUCUAUGAACCUGGUACUUUUUGAGCGCCCACGGCGAAUCCUGAACCUGGUCGAACAUCUCAAUGCACCACCGGCUGUCCAGGAUGAGCCUUCAGACAUCCAAUUCCAACGUCUACUUCAAUUGACCUGGCUAGUCACCAUUCGUGCCUUUUUGUCAUCUACCACCCUAUAUAUCGGAGAAAGUUACCAUCAGGGAUACAGCUUCGUUGGGGAGACACAUGGGACCGUCGGAUCGCCCACUGGACAACUCCAUCUUGACACCCAAGUUACCGUUCUGGAGCUUUUCCAGCAAAUGAUCGGCAGUCUAGAUCUUGUUUCAAAGGAGCAGUCCUCAAAUGGUGUGCUUAUAAAGAAUGGCAAGGGUUCCGAGUUCGAUUGCACCAUCAUUUAUCAGACACAACCAGUGAAGAAUCAAGGCUCUGACACUCGAUUUUGUAUGGGCUGCCAGGCCUGCUGCUCAACGACCGUCAAGUCAUCAGAACUCCAGCUUUCACCCGGUGGACUUCGUCUCUAUAUUACAAAAAUGCCAGACAAUCGUUUUCGGACUCAAAUCGAACCUAAUUCCAAUGGUAUUAGCAUGCCACUUGCAACAAGCCUUCUUGACACUUUCAACCAGGCGCUGUCGUCUAUUUUCGACAAGCCCACCAACUUAGUUGGUCUUGUCGACCUAUGCUCCCCCCAAGACAUUGCUCUUAUCACGAGUUUCACAAAAGACCUUGCUCCAGCGCAGGAUGUGCUACUCCAUGAUCUAUGUCUACGGCACGUGGAGACCACUCCCGAUGCACCGGCGGUUCGUUCGUGGGAUGGUGAUCUGUGUUAUCGUGAACUGAACGAGCGGGCCUCCAGAUUGGCACACUGGCUGGUUGGGCAGGGAGUCGGACCUGGAGUAUUUGUCGCAUGUACUUUCUACAAAUCAACGUGGGCGAUUGUGGCUCGCCUGGCAAUCCUGAUUGCUGGCGGUGCAUAUAUCUGUGUUGAUGCGCAUGAUCCUCCGCCGUACCUAGAGUCGCUGUUGCAGCGAACCCGAAUUCAGAUCGUGUUAACUUCCGUUGGCUUUGGACAAAAAUUCGCUGAUCUAGUGAACACCACUUUUGAAGUAGGCGAGUCCUCGCUUGAACAAUUGCCAUCGACAGUAGGAGUACCCUGCGUCAGCGUCUUGCCCACGGAUCCGUGCACGGUUCUAUUUACCUCUGGAAGCACCGGUAAUCCCAAGGGAAUAAUUCAAGAGCACCGCAGUUACGCAUCUGCUUUGACUGACUAUAUCCGGGUCAUGAAAAUGGGUCCCCAUUCCCGAUUGUUUCAGUUCGAUGCAUAUGCCUUCGAUAUCAGUAAUAACGACUUUCUGGCCCCUCUUAUUGCCGGGGGCUGCUGCUGUGUGCCCACGACAUCGCUUACCAUGGAAGCACUGAUGAAUGAUCUAAAUGAGCUGGAAGCCAACUUUAUGUUUGUAACUCCAUCUGUUGCCAUCGAUAUCAAUCCCGAUCGCGUACCAACAUUGAAGACUAUGUGUGUUGGUGGAGAGCCGGUGUCAGACGCUGUGCUGGCCAAAUGGCUUCACCGGGUGCGUCUUGUGAAUCAGUACGGUAUGGGUGAAGUGGCCUCACUCUGCGCCUACAACCCCGAUCUUCGGAUGGGCCGAGGGGCUGUCGUUGGGCGCCCUGCGAGUGGAGCUAUUUGGAUUGUCAAUCCAGAUGCACCGGAUCAGCUUAUGCCUGUGGGCGCGAUAGGAGAGCUUGUGGUGGAGGGACCCCAUGUCUCCCGAGGAUAUCUAGAUCACUUAUCGGGGAUAUCCAAUAACUAUUUAGAUGAGCCACCUGCCUGGGCAAAGCAGCUGCAUCCCGAACGGCCGGCUCACCGAGUUUAUCGCUCGGGCGACCUGGGUCGAUACAAUCAUGACGGGACCAUUGAGGUGAUCGGUCGAAAAGAUAGUAUGUUAAAGUUGGAUGGAGCCCGAGUGGAAGCUGGUCAGAUUGAAUAUGUCUUGCGCCGUCAGCUAGCAACUGGAGAUGCGGCCGUGGUCGAUCUCCUAGGAGUAGUAGAUGGGGUCAGUGACCCGAUCCUGGCGGUGUACUUGUAUCUGACGAACAACCCGAUGAACUUGGAAACAGGUCCGGUGGAGGACAUGCAGUUUCGGCCAAUAACCGACCGACAUGCCGCCUCUGUAUUGACUCAAUCUCUCACUGAUGCGAUUAGAGGAGUACUACCGCCUUACUAUGUACCUAGCCUCUUCUUGCUUGUUGACCGCGUCCCGCGGACCAAGUCAAAAAAGACUGAUCGUCGAAAACUCCAUACAUUGGGGCAAGACUAUUACAUGGCACAUCGGGAGGAGCUCAGGGAGAUCACGGUCUGGCCGGAGUGGGACUGA